AUGGGCACUUUGCGGGAUUUACAGUACGCGCUGCAGGAGAAGAUCGAGGAGCUGCGGCAGCGGGAUGCGCUCAUCGACGAGCUGGAGCUGGAGUUGGACCAGAAGGACGAACUGAUCCAGAAGCUGCAAAACGAACUGGACAAGUACCGCUCCGUGAUCCGGCCCGCCACCCAGCAAGCGCAGCAGCAGAGCGCCGGCACCUUGCAGGGGGAGCAGAGGACCAAGCGGCAGGCCAUCUCGGCCGAGCCCACCGCCUUUGACAUCCAGGAUCUCAGCCACGUCACCCUCCCCUUCUACCCCAAGAGCCCACAGUCCAAGGAGCUAAUAAAGGAAGCGAUCCUUGACAAUGACUUCAUGAAGAACCUGGAACUGUCUCAGAUCCAGGAGAUUGUGGAUUGUAUGUAUCCCGUGGAGUAUGGCAAAGACAGCUGCAUCAUCAAGGAAGGAGAUGUGGGUUCCCUGGUGUAUGUCAUGGAAGAUGGGAAGGUUGAAGUGACAAAAGAAGGUGUGAAGCUGUGCACCAUGGGACCUGGCAAAGUCUUUGGGGAGUUAGCCAUCCUCUACAACUGCACCCGAACGGCGACUGUCAAAACUCUCGUAAAUGUGAAACUUUGGGCUAUUGAUCGGCAAUGUUUUCAAACAAUAAUGAUGAGGACAGGCCUCAUCAAGCAUACUGAGUAUAUGGAAUUUUUAAAAAGCGUUCCCACAUUCCAGAGCCUUCCUGAGGAGAUACUUAGUAAGCUUGCAGAUGUCCUUGAAGAGACGCAUUAUGAAAGCGGAGAGUAUAUUAUACGACAAGGUGCUCGAGGGGACACUUUCUUUAUAAUCAGCAAAGGAAAGGUGAAUGUUACUCGUGAAGACUCCCCCAGUGAAGAUCCGGUCUUUCUCCGUACUCUAGGGAAGGGAGAUUGGUUUGGAGAAAAAGCCCUUCAAGGGGAGGAUGUCAGAACAGCCAACGUCAUUGCGGCUGAAGCGGUAACUUGUCUGGUCAUAGACAGAGACUCCUUCAAACAUCUGAUUGGCGGCCUAGAUGACGUUUCCAAUAAAGCCUAUGAAGAUGCAGAAGCAAAAGCAAAAUACGAAGCCGAAGCUGCCUUCUUCGCCAACCUGAAACUGUCUGAUUUCAACAUCAUUGACACGCUUGGAGUCGGAGGGUUUGGACGAGUUGAGCUGGUCCAGUUGAAAAGCGAAGAAUCGAAAACGUUUGCCAUGAAAAUACUGAAGAAACGUCACAUCGUGGACACGAGGCAGCAGGAGCACAUCCGCUCAGAGAAGCAGAUCAUGCAGAGCGCGCACUCGGACUUUAUCGUGAGGCUCUACAGGACAUUCAAGGACAGCAAGUACCUGUACAUGCUGAUGGAAGCCUGUCUAGGUGGAGAGCUCUGGACAAUUCUCAGGGACAGAGGUUCGUUUGAGGAUUCGACGACCAGGUUUUACACGGCGUGCGUGGUCGAAGCUUUUGCCUAUUUGCAUUCCAAAGGGAUCAUUUAUAGGGACCUCAAGCCAGAAAACCUCAUUCUGGAUCAUCGAGGUUAUGCCAAACUGGUCGAUUUUGGCUUUGCAAAGAAAAUAGGAUUUGGAAAGAAAACAUGGACUUUUUGUGGCACCCCGGAGUACGUAGCCCCCGAGAUCAUCCUGAACAAAGGUCAUGACAUUUCGGCAGACUACUGGUCACUGGGAAUCUUAAUGUAUGAACUCCUGACUGGCAGUCCUCCUUUCUCAGGCCCAGACCCCAUGAAGACCUACAACAUCAUAUUAAGGGGAAUAGACAUGAUUGAAUUUCCAAAGAAGAUUGCCAAAAAUGCUGCUAAUUUAAUUAAAAAACUAUGCAGGGACAAUCCAUCAGAAAGAUUAGGGAACUUGAAAAACGGAGUGAAAGAUAUCCAAAAGCACAAAUGGUUUGAAGGCUUUAACUGGGAAGGGUUACGAAAAGGGACACUGACGCCUCCUAUAAUACCAAGUGUUGCAUCUCCAACAGACACAAGCAAUUUCGACAGCUUCCCGGAGGACAGUGAUGAACCACCCCCUGACGACAACUCAGGAUGGGACAUAGAUUUUUAAUGUAUUUCUCUUA